UGGGAUCGUUAAUUUUUAGAUAUAAAUAAAUUGUAAGUGGCGGUCGGUUAAAACAGUUUUCUUAGAUACAUCAGCUUAACUUAACGUCACCAUGUCGGGUUCCAAUAGGAAAAUUGGUAUUGUAGGCAGCGGACUUAUUGGCCGUUCAUGGGCUAUGCUCUUUGCCGGGGUAGGAUACCAAGUUUAUAUUUACGAUAUCCUGCCAGAACAAAUCGACAACGCUCUGAAGGAUAUUAAACAACAACUGGUGACCUUGGAAAAAGAAGGAUUACUAAGGGGAACUUUGACUGCUGCACAGCAAUACGAAUGUAUCAGAGGUACUACAAAAUUGGAAGAAGCUGUUAGAGAUGCGGUGCUUGUCCAAGAAUGCGUUCCAGAAAAUCUUGAACUCAAACGUAAAGUAUGGAAAAACGUUGAUGAUGUUGCUACUCCAAACACAAUUUUCUCCAGUUCCACCUCUACAUUCUUGCCAUCAUUGUUCAGUGACCACUUGAAACACAAAAAGAACAUAAUUGUCAGCCAUCCGGUAAAUCCUCCUUAUUACGUACCACUGACUGAAAUUGUGCCAGCCCCUUGGACUGAUUUGGCCGUAGCUAAGAAGACUCGUGCCAUUAUGGAGGAAAUCGGCCAAACUCCAGUUUCUUUGGCCAAAGAAGUUCCCGGAUUUGCGGUGAACAGAAUACAAUAUGCCAUUUUGAAUGAAACAUGGAACUUGGUUACGUCGGGAGUGCUGGAUGUAAAGGACGUUGACAAAGUAAUGUCGGACGGUCUUGGAAUGAGGUACGCGUUCCUUGGAACCCUCGAAACAACCCACUUGAACGCCGAAGGUUACGUGGACUACUGCAAAAGGUACGCCAACACAAUCUACUCAGUCAGCCAAGAUUUCGCACCACUUCAAAAAUGGGAAGGCCCCCAUGUUCAAGAGAUCGCCAAACAGUUGGAGAAUUUGGUGCCACUUAACAGAUUGCAGGAGAGGAGGAACUGGAGAGAUCUGUGUCUGACAAAGCUGAGCCAGCUUAAGAAGGAGCUAAAUGCAAGGUGGAAGUGAAUAUUGUUGUGUAUGUUGUGAAUCACGUUAAAUUGCCAAUGUUAAAAGAUUUUAAUACAAACUUUAAUAUUCAUGUAAUAUUAUAAAUUAUUAAAAAUAUUUUAAUAUAAA